GCUAUCUCAGACCAGCUAACAUAACUGUUUAAGGAAUAUAAAAGAUGACUAAACUAGCAGUUGUAGUAUUGGCCAUACUAGCAGUCGGCUCAGCCUCAGCCGCCCUGCGCCGAGUAUGUUACCACACGAAUUGGUCGCAGUACCGGAAUGGUCCCGCAAAGUUCUACCCCGAGAACAUUGACCCGACCCUCUGUACUCACAUCAUCUACUCGUUCGCCAAGUUGAACGGCAACAAACUCGCUCCAUUUGAAUGGAAUGACGAGUCGACCCCAUGGAUGAAGGGCAUGUACGAGCGAUUCGGUGCCAUUAAACAACAGAAUCCCUCUGUCAAGGUUCUAUUGGCCGUCGGCGGGUGGAACAUGGGAUCACCUCCAUUUACACGCAUGGUUGGUUCUGACGCGAGCCGUCGGGAGUUCGCCACCACUUCAGUUGCGUUUCUGAGGAAACACGGAUUCGACGGCCUCGAUAUGGACUGGGAGUACCCUGCCAACCGUGGAAGCCCCGCCGUCGACAAGCAGAGAUUUGUUGAUCUUCUCCGGACUUUGCACGAGGAAUUCGCCCGGGAGCAGGUCCCAGCAGGUCUUUCGCCGCUCAUGUUGUCGGCGGCCGUCGGCGCCGGAAAGGACAAGAUUGAUACCGCAUAUGAUGUUCCCGCGAUUUCUCAGUACCUAGACAUGAUCAACCUGAUGUCUUACGACCUUCACGGAUCGUGGGAGGACUUUACCGGGCACCACUCACCGCUGUACGCCCGCUCCAAUGAGCAAGGGAACCAGACUUACCUCAAUGUGGACUGGGCUGCCACCUACUGGGUUAACCAGGGAGCCCCAAGGUCGAAGAUGAACAUUGGCGUGCCCCUUUACGGAAGGACCUUUAAGCUGCCAUAUGGUCAGUCUAACAAUCAGAUCGGAUGCAAGGCCGCGGGCGCCGGCGCUGCUGGACUGUAUACACGAGAGGCUGGGUUCUACGCCUACUAUGAGGUGUGCCAACAUUUGAAGGGCGGUGCCACCAAGUACCUUGAACCAGAGCAAAAAGUACCUUACUUUGUGGACGGUGAUCUUUGGUGCGGGUAUGAUGACCCAGAUAGCAUCAAAGUCAAGGUCGACUACAUUAAGCAAGGUGGCUUCGGAGGUGUGAUGGUAUGGGCCCUUGACCUUGACGACUUCAGCGGCAUGUGCGGCCAGGGAAAGUACCCUCUGAUGAGGGCCAUUAUUGAUGAGAUCAACCACUCUGGCCCCGCCCCUCCCAUGACUAAUCCACCCACAACAACAACAACUACCCGUGCUCCCACAACAACUACAACCCAACCCCGCCCAUGGGUCACAACGCAGCCCCCAUGGCAACCCAACCCAACGACCAGAGCAACCACGACAAGAGCCCCAGCACCCACAACCACAACCAAAGCUCCAGCCCAGGGUGGCCACCACCAACUUUCUCUAGUAUCCCACACUGAGUUCGACUGUAGAAACAAGUUCGAUGGCUAUUAUGCGAACCCUACAUCCUGUUCAAUGUACUACAUCUGCGCCGCUCGAAUGACGUUCCGCACUGAUUGUCACCCAGGAUUGUUGUUCAACACACAGACACUGUUCUGUGACUUCCCAGACCACGUGGUAUGCAACGCGCAACCAAAUAACCAACAGCCGACAUCUGCCCCAUACCAACCACCAGUCCAGCACACAAACCCACCGACAACCCGGGCGCCGAUUCCGACGACGACCAAACCAACCACAACUCAGCAGCCAUGGGCACCAACAACAACGAAGGCCUACGUCCCUCCUACCACCAACAACAACAACAACAACAACAACCCCCCCGGCCCUGUCGAUUUCUGCAAGGGAAAGAAUGACGGAUUCUACAAGGAUCCCCAGAACUGUGCCUACUUCUACCAGUGCUCGUUCGAGCACGGCUACCACGAGCCCUGCCCUAGUGGAACCUACUUCAGUGAGGCUCUUCAGGGUUGUGACUGGGCUGCCAACGUUCCAAGUUGCCCGUAAAACCCGUGCCUGAUGGUUGUGGACUUGGUGAAAUGAUUAUGAUGAUGAUUCUAUUUAUUUAGUGUUUCGUUUAACCUUAGAGUGCAGUAUCCAGCUUCUAACAAUAUUCAGAUCUUGUAGAAAUAAAAUCGAUAAAACAUA